AUGAGGAGAUUCCUUUCUAAAAUCACUCCCCGGCAAAUGGGUUUCACCAAUUCGAACUCUCUCUUGGUUGGGUCAAGCUCAGUACCAAGAAACAUUACUACUGCUACCAGCAAUGCAGCUCAAGUUGAUCAGACAAAACCCAACUCUGUCUCAGACAUGUUGGUUGACUCAUUUGGUCGGUUUCAUACCUACUUGAGAAUCUCCUUGACAGAGCGUUGUAACCUCAGGUGUCAGUAUUGCAUGCCCUCUGAAGGCGUGGAGCUUACUCCUAAGCCUCAGUUGCUGUCACAGUCUGAGAUCGUUAGAUUGGCUGGUCUCUUUGUUUCUUCUGGUGUUAACAAGAUAAGGUUGACAGGUGGCGAGCCUACGGUGAGGAAAGACAUCGAAGAGAUUUGUAUGCAGUUGUCUAGCUUAAAAGGGUUGAAGAAUCUGGCUAUUACUACUAAUGGUAUUACUCUUGCUAGAAAGCUGCCAAAGCUUAAAGAAUGUGGGCUUGAUUCCAUAAACAUCAGCUUGGAUACUCUUGUCCCUGCAAAGUUUGAGUUUCUGACUAGACGUAAAGGGCAUGAGAGGGUUAUGCAGUCAAUUGAUUCCGCUAUUGCUCUUGGAUACAAUCCUGUAAAGGUCAACUGUGUUGUCAUGAGGGGAUUGAAUGAUGAUGAGAUUUGUGAUUUUGUGGAGUUGACUAGAGAUAAGCCAAUUAAUGUCCGGUUCAUAGAGUUUAUGCCCUUUGAUGGAAAUGUUUGGAAUGUAAAGAAACUUGUGUCUUAUGCAGAAAUGAUGGAUAAAGUGGUAAAGCGUUUUCCUAGUAUAAAACGUGUCCAAGAUCACCCUACUGAAACAGCUAAGAACUUUACAAUCGAUGGACACUGCGGUUCUGUGUCUUUCAUCACGUCCAUGACAGAACACUUCUGUUCUGGCUGCAAUAGGUUGAGAUUACUUGCAGAUGGGAACUUCAAAGUAUGCUUGUUUGGGCCUUCAGAGGUUAGUUUGAGAGAUCCCAUCCGGUCUGGUGCGGAUGACGAAACGCUAAGGGAGAUUAUAGGCGCUGCGGUGAAGAGGAAGAAAGCGGCACACGCUGGAAUGCUUGACAUUGCCAAGACAGCUAAUAGACCAAUGAUACACAUCGGUGGCUAA